CGCUCACCCCACCCCGCCGGCCGUGCCCGUGCAGGGCCAGCAGCAGUUCCAGAGGCUGAAGGUGGAGGAUGCAUUGUCCUAUCUGGACCAGGUGAAGCUGCAGUUUGGUAGCCAGCCACAGGUCUACAAUGACUUCUUGGAUAUUAUGAAGGAAUUUAAAUCUCAAAGUAUCGACACUCCAGGAGUGAUCAGCCGCGUAUCGCAGCUCUUCAAGGGCCACCCAGACUUGAUCAUGGGUUUCAACACCUUCUUGCCGCCCGGUUACAAGAUUGAGGUGCAGACGAAUGAUAUGGUGAACGUGACAACACCGGGGCAGGUCCACCAGAUCCCCACUCACGGCUUGCAGCCCCAGCCGCAGCCCCAGCCGCAGCAUCAGUCGCAGCCUUCGGCGCAAUCAACCCCCACGCCAGCACAGCCAGCGCCGCAGCCUCCCCCGGCAAAAAUCAGUAAGCCAUCACAGCUGCAGGCACAUACUCCCGCCAGCCAGCAAACUCCCCCGAUUCCACCGUACGCGUCACCACGCUCGCCACCGGUCCAACCUCAUACGCCUGUGACAAUCUCUCUGGGAACCACACCAUCCCUGCAGAACAAUCAGCCCGUCGAGUUUAAUCAUGCCAUCAACUACGUCAACAAGAUCAAGAAUCGCUUCCAGGGACAGCCGGACAUCUACAAAGCCUUCCUGGAGAUCCUCCAUACGUAUCAGAAAGAGCAGCGUAACGCCAAGGAGGCAGGAGGUAACUACACGCCGGCUUUGACGGAGCAGGAGGUGUACGCGCAGGUGGCUCGCCUCUUCAAGAACCAGGAGGAUCUGCUCUCGGAGUUCGGGCAGUUCCUGCCCGAUGCCAACAGCUCUGUGCUGCUAAGUAAGACAACUGCAGAGAAAGUGGAGUCGGUAAGAAAUGAUCACGGUGGCACGGUGAAGAAGCCACAGCUCAACAACAAACAGCAAAGACCCAACCAGAACGGCUGUCAGAUCCGACGGCACUCGGGAACGGGAGCAACCCCUCCGGUGAAG